AUGCUGCUCCUGCCGUUCUCUACGCUGGUCCUACUUACACAGCUCUCAGAAUCCCUGGGAGCGGAAGUGGGGACCUAUUCCCAGAAAGCAGUCGCCAACGCCUGCACCUUGGUCGUGUGUAGUCCCGUGGAGAAUGGCUUGCCUGGUCGAGACGGACGGGAUGGAAGAGAGGGGCCCCGGGGCGAGAAGGGGGAUCGAGGCUUGCCAGGAGCUAUAGGGAGAACUGGGAUGCCUGGACCAGUUGGCUUAAUUGGGCCCAAAGGGGACAAUGGCUCCAUUGGAGAACCUGGACCUAAGGGAGACGCUGGACCAUGUGGCCCUCCAGGCCCCCCAGGUCCACCUGGUCCAGAUGGAAGAGAGGGGCCUUCCGGGAAGCAGGGGAACAUAGGACCCCAAGGCAAAACAGGUCCCAAAGGAGAGGCUGGACCCAAAGGAGAAGUGGGUGCCCCAGGUGUGCAGGGCUUGGCAGGGACUAGAGGGCCCACAGGCUCGAAAGGAGAGAGAGGAACCACUGGUGAGCGUGGAGGCCCUGGCAGCCCAGGGGCAGCAGGGCCUGCUGGGAUGGUGGGACCACAAGGACCUCCAGGUGCCAGGGGUCUCCCAGGACUGAAGGGGGACAGAGGUGUCCCUGGGGAGAGAGGUGCCAAGGGAGACAGUGGACUUCCAGAUGUCGCUACUCUGCGGCAGCAGGUGACUGCCUUGCAGGGACAGGUACAGGCCCUUCAGGCUGACUUCUUGCAGUACAAGAAAGUGGAGCUCUUCCCCAGUGGCCGGAGCGUUGGUAAGAAGAUCUUCAAGACCAGCGGCUUUGAGAAGUCCUUUGCAGAUGUGCAGAAGGUGUGUAAAGAGGCCGGGGGACAGGUGGCCACCCCGCGCUCUGCAGCGGAGAACGAGGCUGUUCAGCAGCUGGUCCUGGUGCACAACAAGGCCGCCUUCCUGGGCAUGACAGACAGCAAGACCGAGGGCACGUUCACUUACCUGACCGGGGAGCCCCUGGCCUACACUAACUGGGUCCCAGGGGAGCCCAACAACAAUGGCGGCGCCGAGAACUGUGUGGAGAUCUUUACCAACGGCAAGUGGAACGACAAGAACUGUGGCGAGCAGCGCCUGGUGGUCUGUGAGUUCUGA